AUGGAUUUCGUCAUCUGCGCUGGCGUUGCUUUUGCCGAGUCCCUGCUGCUGAAGAGAGCUCCGGCAAGCCUAUUCGGCGAAGUGAGGGGAUCAACGACGUCUCAGACUGCCUUGACUCUUUUCUUUCUUCAGUAUCUAGUCGUCAAGUAUUACCGGAUAGUUGCCUACCCGAAGUACGUUUCGCCGCUGCGCCAUGUGCCCGGCCCGACGGACAAUCAUCCGCUCAUCGGUCAAGCGUUGAACCUCAUCAUAGCCAAGACCCCGACGGAGUUGUACAUCAAGUGGAUGAGGCAGUACCCUGAUGCGCCCUUCAUUCGAUACCUGACCUGGGCCAAUACGGAAGUCCUGGUGCCCAACAAUCUCAAUGCCCACCGAGAAGUCUUGCAGACACAAUGCUACUCUUUUACGAAACCCAACUGGUUCCUGCGCCUGGUAAAGGAGGUCGCGGGUCAUGGCCUCAUCUUGAUGGAAGGUGAUGAGCACCGGGCGCAUCGCAGGAUGCUGGCCGGCCCCUUUUCGCUCAAGAACAUUCGCAAGUUGGAGCCCAUUUUCCAAGAAAAGGCCAAGGACAUCUGCCGUUACUUCGAUCAGAGCAUCGCCGAGGGGGAUGGGAAGCGUGGCGCAAUCGACUGCACCACGACAUUCUCGAAGGCUAUCCUUGACAUCAUGGGAUCCGCCAUUCUCGGACUCGACCUCAACUACGUCAAACCCGGUGAGACCAGCGAUGACGUCUCGACGCAGGCGAACAACAGCAACUUGAAGCCGGGUUGCACCUUUCACGAAGCUUACGACGUGUUCUUUGCUCCGGAUACGAUGGGGAAAAUCCUGUUAGUGGUCAAUGGGAUCAUGCCAGUUCGUUGGCUGCCCCUGCAAGCCAAUCGUGAGUUUCUACACGCGAUGGGUUGGCUUAACGACGUUCUCCGGACGCUCAUCCGAGACCGGUACAAGCAAGUAUCAGAGUCAAAGGCGAAGAACGAAUACGAGAGCAAGGACUCCCGGGAUUUGGUCACCUUCAUUGUCGAGGAGAACCUGACAGGUGGCGUGACUGAAGGCAUGGGCGAAGAGGAGUUUCUCGGUCAUCUCCUGGAAUUCAUGGCUGCCGGCCACGACACCUCGGCCAAUAUGCUUUCGUGGAGUCUGUAUGUGUUAGCUACAAAUCAGGAUAUCCAAGAGAAGUUGCGGAACGAAGUGAAGACACUUCCAGACAGCCCAUCUUACACGGAGCUGGAUAAGCUUUCGUAUCUGGAGAACUUCUGCAAGGAGAUCUUGCGGCUCUACUCCCCCUCUACCACUUAUCAGCGCGGUGCAGAGCAUGACGUCGUAGUUGAGGGGGUGCACAUACCCAAGGGGACGCUUCUGGACCUGUGCCCCUCAGUUACUCUACUGAAUCCCCUGAUAUGGGGGGAAAGCGUGGACGAGGUUGACCCUGACCGCUGGGACUCACUGGAAGGCGACCAAACAUCCCUCUACACCUUCUCGGCGUUCUCAAACGGGCCGAAGAUCUGCAUUGGUAAAUUGUUCGCGAUGUUUGAGAUCAAGACCAUUCUGGCGGAAAUGGUGCGCAACUUCAAGUUUGUCGAGGUGGCGAAGCCUUUCGCGAUCGAAAACCCUGGCUUUACGUUGCGCCCUGCUGGCUUGGAGGUUCGCCUCGAGCGGCUGAAGGGUAGGGACGUUUGA